UUUCAAGGUCUCUUGUUUAUUCCUUUUUUUCAGUCCACUGUUAAAAUUAUAAUCCAGAAACAACUAUUCCUUUCCAAUAUUUGAUCAUAAAUCACUCGAGCCUCAUAUCAAAUCCAAUAACCCCCAUUAAACUCCAGCAGCGCUUUAUACAAGAACAACAACACCUUAUUAUGCAUCUCUAAGUAUCUCACACUUGAUGAGUUCCGGGGCGCUUCAAAAGACGAUUAGAACAAUACACACCCUUCAUACUCCUGCAGCACUCCAUGCCGUGACAUAAUGGCGGACACGAAACUUAUCGUCUAUCUUUUAAUACUUUCCUACUGUAUGUGCUACUCACAAGGUUCUCUUCUUACGAAUCAAGGAAAUAACUUCAUUAUCGGUUUCUCAGCUCAACACUUUUCCUACUCAACCAACGGUACUAACCGCAUUUACCUGACAUCAGAUACGGCCGCUACCGUACGUCUACGAGCUCCAGCAAUCUCCCUYGAUACAARCAUAAAACUAUUGCCCGGUAUACCCCGGCAUGUGGACUUACCAGGUAAAGCCCGCAUGAAAAGCAAAACAGGUGUCGAAAWGAAAGGUAUACAAUUAACUUCAAAAGAGAACUUUGCCGUUUACGGAAUGAACUUGUUGACGAAAUCAAGCGAUGGGUUUCUUGGGCUUCCUGUGUCGGCCUUGGGGACUGAUUAYGUYAUAUCCACGUUCAUUCCAGUGAUGAAAUCUGCUUUACUAGUAGUUGCUACUGAAGAUGAUACAAGGGUUGCAAUUGAUCUAAAACUCCCCUCAGGGGGUAAGGUGUCGUACAGAAAUCGAGACUAUUUUGACGGCUCUAGAAUUUUAGUAAUUUUGAAGGUGUUAGAAGCAUUUCAGAUUGACACAAACGCUAUGGUCGAUUUAUCGGGUACAAGAGUUACUAGCGACAAACCCGUCUCCGUCUUCUCGGGCUGCGACUGCGCGUACGUACCAGUGAAUAAAGGAUCAUGUGAUCACCUCGUGGAGCAGAUUCUCCCAGUAAAACURCUAGGGACUCAAUUCAUUACUAUAGCAACAGCCAAUCGCACGGGGGGAGAUUUAUAUCACGUGAUAGCCGCUCAAGAUGGAACGGUUGUUACUGUUGAUGCUAAAGCUGUCAAGACGAUUCAAGCUGGACAGCGGUUUGAACUGGAUUCGAAAUACAAUGAAAGUCACGUKAUUUCKACUAGUAAACCUAGCCUUGUGAUGCAGUAUGCAAAGAGCUAUAGCGUCGAUAACAGCAUAUUUGAUCCAUUCAUGUCGACUGUGCCUGCGAUCAGUCAGUACAGCAACGAUUACAAUGUAUUUAUUCCGGUUCAUUUAUCAAAUCAGCAGUUUUUUAGCUUUGUGAGCAUCGCUGCAAAGACACAAGAAUUAGAUAAAAUUACAAUCACCCAAAACAAUCAUCCUAAUUUGACUCUMCGAUUCUCAGACUGCUCUGUAGUACAAGGUUCGUCUUAUUCUGUCUGCACAAAACAGUUAAAUCAAGGAAUUUAUCGARUUUUUCAUCAAUCGGUCACAGAAAAGUUUGCUCUGGUAAUGUAUGGAACCUGGCGUAGAGAGUCCUUUGGUUUCCCUAUGGGACUUCGAUUUGAAAGUCCAGGAUGUAAAYUAGGYSACAUGAYACCAGGGGAUGGGAUUGACAAUGACUGUGACAAUUCAACCGAUGARGAGAUUUUCAACAACAUGGACGACGACGGAGAUGGGCGAAUUGACGAGGACUUAGCAACUAAGCCUCCAAGCCUAACAGUUCCAAACAACAUCACUMAAUUGAUUUGUAAYAACUCUUCUUUCGACCMUARGGACAUCGGCCAGGCAACUGGUGAAGCGUACGAUAAGUGCAAACUACGCGGACAUGUGAAAAUCAACUUCACGGAUAUUKUSAACCGYAMUGAGUGUCAYCUUUCCAUUGCUCGCAAAUGGACAAUUACCGACGGGUGCUCGAACAUCAAAGAAACUAAUCAAUACAUCUUCGUAAGAUUUCCGUCAAAGACAAUUGUAGAGUUUCCCAAAGAUUUGUCGAUGAGUUGCCGAGAAAAGACCGRGCUCUCUACGAGUCAUACCGGARAAGCUAAAGUAAUUUCCAAUAGGUGUGAUACGAAGGUAAAGAUUCGUUACCAGGACUCCAUGUUUUAUCCAUGUACACUGACGRAGAGAAAGCUGGAACGAGAUUGGAUUGUCAGUGAUGAAUGUGGACGUUUGACAAAACACAAGCAAGUUAUUCGUUUAUUGCCCUUAGCUGUACAAAUCCCACGGACAUUGAGAAAUUUCAAAAUUUCAUUGAAUGUUCAAUCUGAUGUCUUAACCAAGAACAAUGAGACAGUCGACCAAUUAAUAACUAGAGUCCAAAAUCAGAUCGAUAAAACCAUAAUGUCUUCAUCACUCGCGCAUAUUUAUUUCGGAAGCUCCAUUUCUCAAUACAGAACAAUUAUUCCAAACCGAUCUGCAAUUUUCAUCGUUAGAUUCCAGAAUACUUCAUCGCCGAUGCCUGAUGAAAUCCUUACUAAUCUUCGUAUAUCGUUUGCGGGGAUACUUUCAGAUAUUGUUAACAACAUUACAGUACAAGAUUACAAUGAAUGUGGGUCAAUUAGUUACAAAAAUUACUGCGCUAGACAAGCCACUUGCGUUAACACCUUGGGCUCAUUCAGCUGUGUCUGUUCUCCAGGUCUUGUAGGCGAUGGUUUCGUGAAAUGUGAUGCUCCUGCUCCAGUAAUUAACAGAAAAGCAAACAUAGCUCCUCCUUCGAUAACUUACAUAACAGUAUACACAGAGGCAGGUGUAGGCGAGAAUGUCACUAUUAUAUGCGAUGUACACGGAAUACCAGACCCUAAAGUCUCCUGGAAGACGGCAAAAGGAAGGAUAUUAGACAAAGAAGUCGGUUUACGAGACAUAACGACGCUUGACGAUGGUACAAGAAGAGUCCGACUAAAAGAACAACAAGAGGAUAACUCUCUGUUAAUAACCGAUGUUCAAGUUGAUGAUGGUGGGCAGUACACUUGUAUGGCGAAGAAUUCCUUUGGACAUAUUCGCAGAGAGGCAAAUCUUACCGUCAGAGCAGAUCGCAUUGCAGUGGCAGCCUCGGUAACUUUGCUUGAUGAGACCUUUAGCGAUAAACUAAAAAACCGUGACUCCUGGCGAUUCCGUACACUCUCGAGAAGACUUACCGAAAAGUUGAUUGAACUUUUCAAGGAUGUUCCUGGCUUCCAAAAAGUGGAAAUCUUGAAGUUUGAAAAAGGAAGCGUCAAGGCAUUUUUCCGUGUGGUUGCCAAGGGUGACGAAUCACCUGACACACGUCAAUCAAUCAAGCAAAAGGUCGGAAAGAUUUUAAGUGAUAGAGCUGCAUCGGGCUACAUUGGUGAUCUAAAAGUGGAAAAAUCUGCUAAAUUACAGGGGAGRCCACCAGCGCCCGCAAACCUUCAAUCCAGCGAUGUCAAAGAAACAUCAGUAAAAGUAACUUGGGAGCCUCCUUCAUUUCAUAAGAUGUACGGAGUCUCUACCUAUACAGUCCAGUACAAAGAAUUUGGWUCAAAUGARCAYCCYUGGAGGGCAUCAUCAGUCACUAGUCUWACUCAUACUCUAACGAGGCUAAAGCCUGGGGCGAGUUACAUGGUGCGAGCUAAGUCUAAGAAUGAGUAUGGAGCGAGCGACCCGAGCAAUGUAUUGGAGAUAACGACAGUGAAAGAGAGAAGUACAACAGAGUGGCUUGUUCUUAUCCUCAUUCCAAUACUCUUGCUCAUAAUYAUCAUAUUCGUAAUCGUAUGCGUCGUAAGGGUAGUCAGAAGGAAAGGGAGAUACAAUCCUACAGCUACAGAAGAAGUGGGCAUGGUUCGCCUUCAGUCAACGCCUGGCCCUCAUCAAACAAGUCAACCAAAAAGGUCAUGGCGUCCAUUUCGCUCCAACAAGUUCACACUGGAACACAGUGAGAUUGACUCGGACAAACAUUACACAGGAAACCCAAUGAACAUUAAGAAAAUCAAAAGAACAUCCGARACGGAAGAGCGAUUGCUUCUGGAGCCUGGGGACCAGCGCUUAUGGCAAGAAAUAUCACGUGAUCAGAUAACUCUGGGGGAGGUACUUGGGGARGGAGAGUUUGGUAAAGUAUACAAGGGAAYAGUGACUGACAGUACUGGGAAGGAGAUGACAUGCGCAGUGAAGAGCCUUAAAAGUACAGCAACAGAAUCAGACUUUAAGGACCUUCUUAACGAACUCGAGAUUAUGGCCUCUGUGGGCCACCACAAUAAUGUUAUUGAUUUGAUUGGWGUUUGUGCCUCUGGAGGGCCUUUGCUUGCUGUGGUAGAGUAUGCAGUCAAUGGGAACCUACUYAACUACCUUAGAAGACAUCGCCGUCAGAACUACGAGAAUAUGGCGGACUAUAUAGUCGAUAUAUCCGCAGCAAAUAGACUCAAGUUUGCCUGUGAGAUAAGCAAAGGGAUGUCUCAUUUAGCACGGAUGAAGUGCGUCCAUCGUGAUCUCGCAGCGCGCAAUGUUCUCCUGGGAGAAAGCYUGGUUGCUAAGGUGUCCGAUUUUGGACUUUCAAGAGAUGUUUAUACUGAUAAUGUUUAUGAAAAGAAAACAGGGGGMAAGCUGCCAGCGCGCUGGAUGGCUUUAGAGUCACUAGAAUUYGGAAUGUACUCUAGUCAAAGCGAUGUAUGGUCUUUUGGUGUGGUCUUAUGGGAAAUAGAAACUGGAGGAGCAACGCCCUUUGCUUCGUACACAGUCGCCGAGAUCAUGGAACAUUUCAAAGUCGGUCGUCGACUGGGACGACCAACAGACUGCAACAGACACUUAUACGCAAUGAUGUUACGUUGUUGGAAUUCUAAUCCAGACAGACGACCAACUUUUAACACAUUAACACACGAACUUAAAGAAUUAUAUCAACAGGAAACUAUGUAUGUUAACUUUAACAACAUGGAGGAUACCAAUAGAAAUCAAAAACAGCUACCGAGUACCAUCCCUGAAGAGUGUUAGAAAUCAAAAACAGCUACCAAGUACCAUCCCUGAAGAGUGUUAGAAAUCAAAAACAGCUACCAAGUACCAUCCCUGAAGAGUGUUAGGAGAACGCCCAAGGAAUUGAAUGCUACAAUCUUUUGAAAUAUUUUUUAGAAUUUUUGUUAACAAUCCAUUCUGCAACAACUAAGUUACCAUAUUAUUAUUUAUUUCAACUUUAAGUUUCUAUAGUUUUAGAACUUUGUACUAAAUUGAAUUUACUUACUAGGUACAGGAAAAGCAUUUGAAACAAAAUGUUGUCAUGCACCAACCAAUGAUUGAGUUUAUUGCCAUAAUAUAGAUGAACUGAC